GGGUACAGCCUAGGAAACAAAUGACGGUACCGGUUUUUGAUGUUUGCGUCCAGUUUACGUCAUUCAAAUGUCAAAUCAUAAAUAGAUAAGCUGUUGAAAAACAAAAAGAAUAAUGUGCGAGUUUUUGGUGCCGGUGUCUAAAAUGUUCGUUAAUUACUAACAAAUAAUUCGUGCAAUGUGUAAAGGAAUUCUUGACGUCCAGCGAAAACAAGUCUAGCGAAACAGUUGCAAUGAAUAACCAAAAUCAUGAAACGACGGAAAACAACCCGGUGGUCUUCCUGGACAUUAGUUUCGGACCGGCAAAAGCCGGUCGUGUCGUAAUUGAACUUUUUAAGGAUAAAGUACCCAAAACAGCGGAAAAUUUUCGGGCCCUGUGCACUGGUGAAAAAGGCAUUGGCAAACAUGGGAAGCCUCUACAUUUCAAAAACACCAUUUUUCAUCGAGUGGUUCCCUUAUUUAUGGUACAAGGAGGAGACAUUACGACGAAAGAUGGUACAGGAGGUGAAAGCAUCUAUGGAGACACUUUCGAUGAUGAAAAUUUUACACUACUGCACGAGGAAGAAGGCAUGGUGGGAAUGGCCAACAAUGGUCCCAACAGCAACAAUUCACAAUUUUACAUCACAACAGUUCCUUGUUCCCACCUUGACGGUACUAACGUCGUUUUCGGUAUCGUCCGAAAAGGCUUCAAUAUAAUUAAAGAAAUGGGUGAAGUGCCACGAAACGGUGACACACCGCUAGAAAACAUUUCAAUUGUAAAUUGUGGGGAAUUGAAACCGGGGACUCCUUGGGGUAUCGAAGAACAGGACGGAACAGACGACAUCUAUCCGCCAUGGCCGAACGACUGGGACUUGCAAUCAGAUAAUAAAAGGGAAAAAUUGAUUGAAAACGCAAUAAAUCAAAUCAAAGACUCGGGAAAUCAAUUUUUUAAACAGUGCAAUUAUGUCGAUUCGGAACGGAAGUAUAUUAAAGCACUGAGAUAUAUUGACUGGUAUUUAGGACUUAAAGAAGAUAAAAAUAUUCAAAGCAUCGAAGAUUUGAAAAUGAAUUCGUUAUUAAAUCUUGCUGCAGUGAGACUGAAGAGACACAAGUACAAAGAGGUUAUAGACUUAUGUAGCCAGGUUAUUUUAAAGGAGCCAAAAAAUGGGAAAGCUUUUUAUAGAAGAGGACAAGCAAAAUUAGCACUGAAAGACUACGAUAAGGCCAUUAAGGAUUUAAACGUUGCUAUUACUCUGCAUCCAAAUGAUAACAACAUCCAGGCAGUAUUAAACAUUGCCAAGAAAAAAAAGCUGAGUUAUUUGAAGCGGGAAAGGCAAUUUUAUGGCAAUUUUUUUAAGUAGGUGUUUCAACAUUUCCACGUUUUUAUCUUCCUUGUUGUAAUUAUUUUAACCGCGGCCUCUUUGAUUUUUGAAAUAUUUCUUUCGCCCAGUUGGUCAUAGUUACCAAACAAACGAGUGCCUUUUUGUACUAAAAAUUUUUGUUAAAAAAAGUAGUUGCGUCACAACUGUCAGUUUGACAGUUCUUCAAAUAUGCCGCAAGAUGGAAAGCUUUAAAGGAAACAUUCAUUUAUCAAGGAAGCCGUGAUUUAAUCCACUACUAAACUAAAAAAGAGUCAUCAGUAUUUAAUUUGGUCCAAAAAAUAUGUGUUCCGUCGUCAUUGGCUAUGAUCUCAUUUUGUUUCGGCAUCUGAUUUUAAUGGUUAGCAAUAAAUAGGGUUGAUAGCAAUUUUAAUAAGUCCUAAGGCGCCAUCUAGUGGACGAGUUUGAAUCGCUCCAAUGACAGAUUACAUUCACAGAAUAACAGGUUUUACAGAAACGCAUCUGUCCUUGUCCCGAUAGAGCGAAAGUGUCACUAGCACAUCUAUUGUGGCCAGCGCGUACUAAGUGUUAUCGCGGGCGAUUUGAAUUGCCCGUAGUUACUUUUCUUUUAAAGUUUGAUUGCAUUUUUCGUAUUGUUUGUAAAUAUUCACAACAAUAGUUGCUAAAACACUUUCUGAUGUUAGACAACUAUUGUUGCUGAAUAUUUACAAAGAAUACGAAAAAUAAAAUAUGAGAACAAAUAAAGACAAUAAACUUGUAAUAAAAAUUUAUUAUCACUAGUCAAUAUACACGACACGAUAACUAUAAACGAUCCAUCAAAUUAUUUAUAUUCCCACAAUAAAAAAGUUCAAAAAAGCACACACACGAAAAAAACCACAAAACAGUACUAAUUUCACAUAAAACAAAGCCGAAGGCGAACACCAAACAAACCAAGCACAAAAUGGCGAUUGGCACAAUGGCAACUGUCACAGGUCCACCGUUAAUUUCUGCCGAUAUUAUAGGUAGCUUCGCUAAAAUUGACUAUACGUGUGUGCGACAUCUGCGAUGGCAAGCCGAACUACAGUCGAUUUUGAAUUUGGCGCCUAUACUUGGCUUGGUGCAUUUAGGUUUCACCACCCUGAUUACAUUAUGGUACGCUGUAACAAUAAUUAUGCUUGUUAGUGAUUUGUUUUGACAUUUUAUAGUGCCAAAUGUCACAUUAAAUUCUAUUUGUUCCACCGUUAAAUGUUCAAAUUACUUCAAUUAUUACGUAAAAUUUCAACUGAGCCGAGUGACAAGUCAAGAACCUCUUCCGAUAUUAUAGCCAGAUAACACUGCACAUAUUUUCGACUUUAUCAAAAUUACAUCAUAUACGUGAAAAUUCAGAAACAUUAAAAUUCUGGUUCAUUGUUGACAUUAUCUUCAUAUUUUUAAAUGUUAUCCAGCUUGUUCUGUCUAAACCCCACAUUGGAAGUAUUGAAAGUUCCAUGGAAAAUUCUAAUAAAGAUAUUCGUUUGAAAGUUGGUACUCAACCAUAAUUCGGCACUUUCGAUUAUACCGAAGGUCGCAUGAACUUUCUUAUUUUAAGCGGGAAGCAAGGUUUUUACUGCAUUUUUGGAUUUUAAGGUCGUUUUUAUCAGGUUUCCUUAUACCUAACUUUAACCGUUUUCGAGAUAUUUGAAAAUUUUUGAAUUUGCAACUGUCACUUAAUAAGUCGGUAACACUCUUAGUUCUAGAGAUUUCGAAAUCAUAUUUGGAGUAUUAAAAGAGAAAGUCUAUAUCUCUUCUUCGGUGUGUUUAAAAUUGGAAAAGAAUUUAAUAUAGCCAAAGUUAAAGGUUAAGUUUGAAAAUCUUCAAAUACCCACAACUUAAUUUUUUCAAAUGUCCCAAUUCUUAUUUUACUAGAGAGAGAAUUUUUUACUGCAUCGAUCUGUAUUAGCAUUCCCUAAACCUAUCUGUGAUAAUCUUUAAGUUAUGUUGGUUUCUUUGACAUUGUAGAAAAUUUCUUACUAACCACAGCUAUUUUUGCUUAGUUUGCCAUAAAAACAUUAAUGCAUUUCGCAAUCCUAACAAAAAAACUGGAAAACUACUAAACUAAGUAUAGGGUAUGCUAAUUCAGAUCGAUGCAGAAUCCAAUUUUCUUCGAUUUAAUGAAAUAGAACUUGGAAAUACGAAAUUACUAAAAGUUACUAGGUGUUUUGUUAAACACUUUUAUAUGGGAGUAUAAUAUGAAAACUAUCUUAAAAUAACUCAAGUUAUCCAAAAACGCAUGAAGAAUAUAGCUUUCCACUUAAAAUAAGAAAGUUGAUAGCGACUUAAGGUAGUAUAACCGGAAGUGUCACCAUCUUGAAAAUGUUUUCAUUGACCUAGACCUAAGAGUUUAUGGUUGUAUACAAAUUUUCAGAUGACCAUCAUUAUAACUACCGAUACUUCUAAUAUGGGGUUUAGACGGAACAGCCUGUAUAAGUUUUGACAUGACCAGAGUCACAGCAGUUGUUAUGACUUGACACUGACAGCAAUGUGAAAUGUCAAGUGGAGCGUUUGCAGAUUUGACCGCCAGAGCGCGCUGCAAUUUUAAUACCACGAUUUAACUAGGUUUUAUUAUAUAUCAUGUUUUGGUAAUCACUCGGCGCAUCUAUAUUUCAUACUGUUGUUGUUGGGUACUUAAGAAUAUGUUGCAAACUUGUCUUUUUUUAAUAUGUUUAAUAUGUUGAAAGGUAUUAUACGUAUUUAGUUGGAGUUUAGUGACUGAGACGCUCAAAUUUUUAUUUUAGUAACAUUUUUAUGUUUUAAAAGUGACUUUGAAAUAUUAUAAAUAUGUAAUGCCAAUGAAAUUUGACUUAGAAAACCACUCCAUUCCUUGUUCUAACAGAUUUAGAAAAGAAUAGAAAAGUUAGUGCUAAUUAGGUAAGUUUAAUUUUUAAUUUGUAGUUUUUAACACUAUCAGCAGUGAAAGUAAGUGAACUGUUUUUGUUUUGGUUUCUAGUUUUUUUCAAUUUUAGUAGUAAUAAUCAGGUAUGUUCACAGUCUCUUUCAAGUAGAUAAGAGAAGUUAUUUCUAGAUAACUAACAAGUUUUAAGAACUUGUUGGUUUCUUAGACUCAAUAUUGAUAUAUGAAAAAAGUUAUAAAUAAUAAAAAAGAGUAUAUUGAGAUAUCCAUUAAAUGACGUUUCAAGGGUAUAAUUUCCCUUUUCUUCAGAUUAAACAAGUUUAAUACAAAGACUUUGACACACUUGAGUGUAUCUUUCUAGUUUUAACUUCUUUUUUAAUAUUGGAUAGUUUCGAGUUUCUUCAAUGUUAUUAUUGUACGUAUUUUCAUAUUUUCUGUUUGAUUUUUACAUUUGCAAAUAUUUUUCUCUCACUAAGGGCCGCUUUUACAAUCAUCCGAUAAACUCCGGAUAAGUUACCUGUGUUAGAAAUUUAUAUUAGGAAUAACAGGCCGACAUCCGUCAGAUAAUUUUUUUGUCUUUUACAAUACAAGCAAUUUAUCCAUGGAAUAAAUGUGACAUUUGAGCAUUAUUGUGACAGUUAGUUUUUAACUAAAUAAUGCAAGAAGUUAACGUAUUUGAAUCAGACAGCGAUGGCAAAUUAAUUGAGUAUGUGGACAGGUUAAGAGUACCUACUUAAACAAUGUUAUCCAAAAAAAUGUCCAUAAAGUUCUCAAAAAGCAAACAACCAAUGAGAACAGAGUAUAAAUUUAUCCUAUAGUUUAUCCGGUCGUCGAACGACCAGAUAAUUUAUUACGUAGUUUAUACCGUCAAUUAUCCUAUCAGGGGAUCAUCGGACGAUUGGAAAACUGUUUUUUUAAUUUAUUCUAGGGAUAAAGUUAUCGAGAGUUUAUCUGGCGAUCGUAAAAGCGGCCCUAAGUUGUUUUUCUGUUUGUCUUGCUUUACUUCCUUUUUUUUCUCAUGUGUUUUUUUAACUUAAAGGAAAUUAUUGCAGAGGGGUAAAGUUUUUUGACCCUGUAACCGCUAUUACUUUCUCUCUUUUAGAACAUAAACAUAACUGAAUAAAGUUAUAGCUAAUGAAGUUGUCAACAAAAAGUUAUUAUAACUUGUGCUAUAAUUUAAAAAUUGUUUGUUGGAAUUGGUGUUACAAAAAUAAUCACAAAAUUCAUUUCGUAGUGAUUAUUGUGUUACUGAUUAUACAGGAUCAUUCAUUUCAACGCCAACGUCGCAUUUUACCGAAUUAUUUUUUUAAAUAAGAUUGAUUAAAUUGUAAAAUGGUUAUUAAUGAUCAGAUAUCCCAUUGAAAGUAUAAAUUACAUUAGCUAUUAUUUUUUUUAAGUGCAUGAAUAAUUUAUAACAGCUAAUUUUGAGAGAAAAUGCGACGUUGGCGUUUUUAUAGUUUUGAAACAGUUAAUGCAUUUGCAUUUUUUGGAGUUUAUGGUGGGUUUUCUUGGUUCAGAAUUUGUCGCUGAGAUUUAGCUUAACACAGAGUUCUUUUCUUAUACCGGGUGCUCAAAAAUCGGCGCACCAACUCAAUGGAGUGUGGUAGAGAAUUGUUUACACAUAAAGGUAAAAAUAGUAAAAAAAUUCUUUGUAUUGAAGUUAUUGAUACAUAACGAAUUUUAAAUAAAUUAUAUAUGGCAACGUUACCUAUCAGUCGUGAUCGCAAUAGAAUUUGAUCAACAAUAAAAAUAAUUAUUUUUGAAACGGUUUCCUAGGAAAUGGUUCCCAGUGUUGGCACAUCUACAAACUGUGAUUUUUUUGAUGAAUUUAAUUUUUUUAAUUCAAAAAAACUGCUAACUGAUAGUAAAUUUAAAAAUAAUUGUUCAUGGUUUUGUUAGGGAAUGAUUACUUGGUGCGAAACAUAAAAACAUUAAAAAAUAAUAAAAAUUGAGGAAGUUAGCAAAAUAAGUUUGUAGUUCCUGAUUUUUUAAAAUAUAACAUAAGGAAUUUUUUCAAGAUUUUUCCCGUGAUCUACACAUGCUUCUCAACAACGUAUCACUGAGUUGGUGCGCCAUAUUUUGAGCAGCCUGUAUAGAUAAAAUAACAAUAAACAUUAACAUUUAGCCAACAUUUGAAGAAAACGGAAUUCAAAGAGUAGUUUUCAAACCAGUGUAUCUUUGUUGGGAAUCCCCGAAUCUUUUUUAUAUAUCCCAUUUUGCAAGAGCGCAUUUGAAUUUUUUGGAGUGAAAUGGAGCACAAAUUGAGAGUUUCUGGUGGGUUUCUUAGCUUAAAACGUGUCGCUUGGAUUUAGUUUAAAUACUUUUCUUUUACAGAAACUCUCAAUUUGUGUUUGAUUUUUCAUUCCGAAAAAUUCAAAUGCGCUGUUGCAAUUCUGCUAUGAACUGAAAUGGGAUAUACAUUUUUUUUACACAAUUUUGUAUUGUACUCCCUCUCAGGCUGAGGAAAAGAUAGCAAUUAUUGACAUUAAAAUAGAAGUGAAAUUGUUUGGUUAAUUCGGAAAUAAAAUUAACUAGACGCCCUCUGGUGAUGACUUUUGAACUAUGUCGAAAACAGUAACGAAAUUUUCGUAAUUCCACAUUUAAUUGACAUCUAAUAAAUUGUUUAACAAUUUUGCGUGUAUAGUGUUAAUUGCUUACAUUGGAGAGAAUCACUUUAAAAGUACGUGGUGGUAAAUACUAGCUCUGACUUUGAUUCUGCGGUUUUUCGUGUUUGUUGUUGGGAUUUGAAAGUGGAUAAAAAGUGAAAAAGAUUUAAAUUUUCAUUACAAAGUGUUAUCAAACAGUUGUCUAAUUAAAGAUUAUAGUAACGGAUCACAGUGAACACAAAGUUGGGCUCAAGAAACCAAUAAAUUAGUGAAGUUUGUGAAUUUAAGGUUAGAAUUUUUUCACUGAUAAAAUCAUGAAAUACUUCGAUAAAUCAACAAAACUACAAUUAAGAUUAACAACUGCUAAUACACUUAAACGUAAAUUAUGCCAAAAGGUAGGCUUUUCAAUGUCUUUGUAAUAAUUUUCCAAUAAAGAAAGUGAACCAAAAAGUCAUCGUUAUUCGUGUUUUCCUCGUCAUCUCUAAUUUGUCAACAUUCGUUUCUUCCACCAAAGAUGCAAUAGUCAUUCCGCAUUGGCAAUGUAAUAAUUGUGAAGCCUCAAAAUUCGUACAACGCUCAAAAUAUCCGAAUAAACAUUUUCCCGCCAUUUAUGGUUACUGUUUUCGACCUAGCUCAGUGGCGCCCCCAACGGUAACUUUAUUUACGAAUUGGGCAAUCCCAAUCAAACCACGCAACCAUUAUCCCAAAUUCCCAUUAGUUCAAAUAGUAAUGAAAACGCGCUAUCAGUGUGACGUAGACAUUUGAGGUAGGUCAGCACCUUAAAGCUAAACAAUCGCCAUUUUCAAUGCUUUUCUUAUGGGCAUUUAAAAGUUUUUCGUAUUUCUUUAAUGCUAGAAGUGUAGGAACAUUACUUUUACAGAGAAAUGAUAGCUAUGAAAAAUGCAAUGUCGUUUCUUAAAGAUUUUAGCAACUGAGCUAAUAUUUCUGUAAGUUGAACACAUAAAUCCUUUUCUAACCUAACUUUUUUCAAACUUCAAAAUUCAGUUUUUCUUAAUUUGGACAUCAUAUUGAUGUAAAUUAUUAUGUGGCCUUUUAAAACUGAGGGAAAAAUGGUUUGCCACACUAAUGACAUUGGAUUUCUUCUGAAUGACGAAUUCAUGGGGUGCAACCGGCGCAACCCCAAUAAACGGGUUGUUUUCUGUCCCCCUCCCCCAUCACGAGGGAUGAAUAGCAGGUAUACGAGGGUAGAGGGUUCAGGCACAUACAUGGUUGAAAGUAGUACGGGUUGUGAGUUCUGUGCUUCUUUCGUGAGUGUCUUUUGUUAUCGUGUUUUUUCCGAUCGUUCUCCAUAUCUUCGUGUUCUUGAAUUUUUAAAAUUCUGUUUUUCCAAGACAUUAUCUCAUUUUUGUGGUACAUCAUUAGGUAUGAUUUGUGAAUAAUAUUUUGUUGCGAUACUUUGAUAGUUCAUGUGUAGUAGGUUUUUACAUCACAACUAUGGGAAUGUGUUGGGCUCCAGAUUGCAAACACUAUAGUACUCGCGAUAAAUGCCAUUUUUUUAGUUUUCCUAAGUCGGGAAAAGAACGAGCACUAUGGAAAAAAUUGUUGAGAAGAGAUGUAGAACCCGGACCAGGAGCCUACGUUUGCAGCUGCCAUUUUCGGGAUGGAAGAAAGGAAAAUGGUCCUGAAUUAUUUUUGCACAAUAUCGCAAAAAGAGCCUAUUUUCAAGUGGAAUCUCCAGAAAAAAAAAAGAUGAAAAAACAAGGACUCCCUUCUUGUUCUAGUUCCGCUGAAUCAUUAAGUGUUGAUAUACCGGAAGAAACAGUACCAUCGACAAUGAAUUUAGAGGAAGUGCCAUCGACGUCUACAGCCGUAGUUGCAGCACCAGCAGAUAUAAUUCAAGAUGCUCCGUUAGAAUCUAUGGGUGUGCAAGCACCCUUGGUGUCACAUGCGGCUCUUGAAGCAGAAAUGUAUUUUCUCAAAAAGGAAAAUGCUGAACUUAAAGCAAAAAUACAAUAUCUGACAGUACGAUUUUGCUAUGAAAAUGUUCAAGGAAAUGACAAACUCAUUGUUUUAUAUACCGGUCUUCCCAAUAGCCAGAUUUUCGAAGCAUUGUUUCACUUAAUCGAAAAGUUGGACAUAAAAUAUUACCACAAAUGGACAGUCCAAAAGUUAACUAGAAUUGACCAACUCUUUUUAACCCUAGUAAAAUUACGACUCAAUUUCCCUCAACUUGAUUUGGCGCAACGCUUUGGGGUUGCCCAAAGCACAGUUUCUAAUAUUAUUUUAACAUUUGUCCAUGUAAUAUAUGAAAUUUUAUAUAAACAGUUUAUGACGACAAUGCCUUCGCGCGAAAAAAAUAAAUCUUGCUUGCCAACAUGUUUUAGCAAUUUUACUAAUUGUAGAGCAGUUCUAGAUUGUACCGAAAUUUUCACUGUGGUAUCACGUAAGUCUAUGUCAACACAGAAAUUAACAUAUAGUACUUACAAACAUCAUAAUACUUUCAAAGGGCUAAUUGGAGUUGCACCCAAUGGUGUCAUCACAUUUGUAAGUGAUUUAUACGUGGGAUCAACUUCUGAUCAAAAAGUUGUUUUAAAUUGUGGAAUAAUCGACAUGUUAAAAACUGGAGAUAUGAUUUUAGCCGAUAAGGGAUUUUUGAUCCAAAAUAUUCUGCCACCAGGGGUCACUUUGAAUAUUCCACCUUUUUUAUCAAAUGUCCAAUUUACACCAGAGCAAGUUAAGUGUACCGAAAAUAUUGCACGUGCAAGAAUACACGUCGAAAGGGCAAUACGCCGAUUAAAAUGUUAUCAUAUUUUAAAUUUUUUGCCAGAGUCUUUGUGCCACUAUGGAGAUAUUGUUUUUAAAGCGACUGCCGCUUUAACAAACCUCCAAUUUCCAUUAAUUAAAGAGGUAGCAGAAUUGUUUCAGGAUUGUGAUGAUUAAAAUAAUGUAAAAUAAAAACCAUCUAUUUAUAUACAGUUUAUUAUUGUGAAAUAAAGGAAAUAUAUUGGUCAAGAUAAAAUUCUUUUAAAAUA